CUCCAAAAUGAUCAAUCACUUAAUAUAUAUAUAUAUAUAUAUCGUGUAUAAAACACCUAAAGGGCUAGUUAUAAGAAAUGGGAAAGUAUGAGUUGUUAAUGGUGAUAUUGUCGAUGGAUAUAAUAGUGAGUGGAGGGAGGUUUGAUGGAGGAGGAUAUGGGUUCGUAGAUGGUCUGAGAAUGGAAUACUACAUGAUGAGUUGCCCAUUUGCAGAGGGAAUAGUGAAAAACACUGUCAAUAGGCAUUUGCAAGCUGAUCCCACUCUUGCUGCUGCCCUUGUUAGGAUGCACUUCCAUGAUUGCUUCAUUCAGGGAUGUGAUGCAUCUGUGUUAAUAGAUUCAACAAAGGGUGGUAAAACAGCAGAAAAGGACUCGCCAGCAAAUUUGAGCUUGAGAGGCUAUGAAAUCAUUGAUGAAGCCAAGGAAGAGCUCGAAAAUCAAUGCCCUGGAGUCGUCUCUUGUGCUGAUAUUCUUGCCAUGGCUGCCAGGGAUGCUGUCUUCUUUGCUGGAGGUCCAGUGUAUGACAUACCAAAAGGAAGAAAGGAUGGAAGAAGGUCAAGAAUAGAAGACACAAUCAAUCUGCCUUCUCCUGCUCUCAAUAGUUCUGAGCUUAUCAGAAUAUUUGCCCAACAUGGUUUCAGUGCUCAAGAAAUGGUGGCCUUAUCAGGCGCACAUACACUGGGAGUGGCAAGAUGCUCAUCAUUCAAGCACAGAUUGAGUAACUUUGACUCCACACAUGAUGUGGAUCCAACUUUGGACGCCCAAUUUGCGCAGACUCUGUCCAAAACAUGCGGUGGUGGAGACAAGUCUGAGCAGGCCUUUGACACCACAAAGAACGAUUUUGACAACGACUACUUUAAUGCAUUGCAAAGGAAGAGUGGUGUCCUUUUCUCUGAUCAAACACUUUACAAUAGCCCUAGGACUAGGGGGAUUGUGAAUGGUUAUGCCUUUAAUCAAGCCAUGUUCUUCCUUGAUUUCCAACAAGCCAUGGUUAAAAUGGGUUUACUUGAUGUCAAAGAAGGGUCCAACGGGGAAGUACGCAGCAACUGCCGUAUCAUCAAUUGAUAUUAUUAUUCGUAUAGAUGUAAUGUUGGUUGUCUGUUUGGUCCAUAAUAUGUAUGUUCUGUUGUUAAAUUUCUCUCUGGUUCAACAAUAUGUGGGUUUCAAAAGGAAAAUUGAGUUUGUAUCUCAGAGAAUAAAAUUAAUGUGAAA